UGAUAGCAUCAGAUUGUACUAUCACUUUUCCGUGCAAUACAAUAUUCUGCGAGCCACACAGUACUGUCAGCCUGCUCACCUUAUUUCCUGAAGCCUGAAAUGCCAAAAGAAUAAGAUGAAACGAUUAAGUUAUCAAGAAUAUUAUCGAAGAAUCAAUUAAUGCAUAGCAUUCGUAACUCCUACGAAGAAUUCAACCCACGAAUUUAUAACAAUUUAGAACAUCAAAAUUUAUACGUGCUCGACUUGGAUUGCAAUUAUGCCAGUGAUGUUUUACAACAGGCACAUUCGAAGAAAAUGUUUGUCGCCCCGACAAAGUGGCUUCUCCUUCAAAAUAGAAGAACGCUAAUUAAUAAUGACGAUAACGCCAAUCUAACUUCUACAUAUGAUGAUUCGAUUUUGGAGAUUUUCGAAACUUUAGCCGUCUAUCCUGAUAGCGAUGUGGUUCUCGCAAAAAGAUUCAACGAUGAUUUUCUACAACUAACAUCCGUAUAUCGGCCAAGUUCGCAGCGAGGAGUUAUAUGGGAAGAUCGCGGAAAUUGGACGAUCGAUAAUGGUUUGCGAAUGAAAACUUUCGACGUCGCCUCGGCACGCAGAAGAAAUCUUCAACAAUCAGUUUUAAAAUCAGCUGUCGUGAUAACAAAUCCCAAUACGCGCAAUCAUCUAACUGAUUUCAAAGAUAAAUCUAUAGAUGCUCCUACAAAGGCUGGAUAUCCAUAUAUAUUUUAUUUGACAAAACGAAUGAAUGCAACGAUAAAUAUCGAAUUUACAAACACCUGGGGAUAUCCUACAAAAAAUGGUUCCUGGAAUGGAAUGAUCGGGAUGCUGGAUCGACGCGAGAUCGAUAUUGGUGGCUCAGCUGCAUUUAUUACACCAGAACGUCUCGGUGUUGUACAAUUUAUCCAAUUGUACACAUGCACUAAAGUGCAUUUUGUAUUUCGCAAACCAUUAUUGUCGAGUGUGAGUAAUAUAUUUACAUUGACCUUUCACCGAAACGUCUGGAUAGCCAUUGCCGUGUUUCUCAUCUUAGUCCUUUGUUUGCUCUACUUGUCCAUCAAAUGGGAAUGUUAUUGUAAUAGAAAUGUAACAAAAUCAGCAGCUUACUGGAAGCAACUAAAUCCCAGUGAGCCAACAAUCAGCGAUAACGUACUCAUUCUUUUAGGUGCAUUUGCUCAGCAAGGAUAUGCGUACGAACCAUAUAAAGUCUCGUCCCGGAUUGUCACUUUAAUGUUACUAUUGGCUUCCCUGAGUCUCUAUGCGGCUUAUACAGCAAAUAUCGUGGGCCUGUUGCAAUCUACAACGAACUCUAUUAAAACUCUCGCGGAUCUUUACAACAGCCCGUUAAAAUUAGGUGCAGAGGACGUCGCGUACAAUCGAUAUUACUUCAAGAUCGCUCAAGAUCCUGUUAGAAAAGCAAUUGCGGAGCAGAAAAUUGAACCGAAGGGACGAAAAUCCAAUUGGAUGUCCGUAGAAGAAGGUGUAAGUCGUAUUAGAAACGAACUCUUCGCAUUUCAAGGUGAACUUGGGACGUUAUAUCAGUUAAUGGAAGCUACAUAUCAGGAGGAAGAAAAGUGCGGUUUGACUGAGAUUGAUUAUUUAAAAGUCCCGGAACCACUUUUUGUAAUUCAAAUACAGUCGCCUUAUUUGGAGAUAAUAAAAAACGGAGCCCUGAAACUACGAGAAUACGGACUCAAAUAUCGUACAGAGUAUCGCUUGUUUACAAAAAGGCCGGUAUGUUCGAGUAAGACUAGCUUCAUCACUAUCGGUUUCACGGAAUUCAACUUUGCUCUGAUCAUAAUGGGCUACGGAAUGCUUUUAGCCACUAUUGUGUUUGUGCUCGAGUUGUUAUGGCACAAGAAACAAAAAGCACGUGCGUUAGAAGAAGAAACGUCAAAUGUGGAAACUAUCUCUUACACUGAAGAAAUAGAUUAAUAUUUACGGACAUAUGCAUCUACUCGUCCAAAGGAAAUCAAAUAAAUAUGACAUUUACUGAUUUUUUUGUUGUUGUAUCUUUAAAUCUACAAGGAAAAUCUUUAGAUUAGAAGAUAUACACUCAGCUCUAAUUUAUAUACAUAUGGAAGGAAGAUACUUUUAACACUUUUAAAUUUCAUGCAAAAUAUUGUGUAAAAUAAAGAGAAUUAAAUGUGUGCAAAAACGAAAGAAGAAAGCGCGAUAAUCUUAUAUAA